CAUAGCGAUGCGGCGGCCUGGGCGCUUCCGGGGUGGGAGGGGAAGGCGGGGGGAGUUUCCCCGGAGGAGGUUGUCGCCCUGACUCCCGUCAGGCCCGGAGCGAUGGGAAGCGGCGGUUGGCGCUGCUGCUCCUGCCGCUGCUCCCGCCGCCGCCCGGUGGGCCCCGCGCCGCUCUAAUGGCGGCCUCCACCACCAAUAAUAACAAUCAUAACCCCGCCGCCGCCGCCGCCGCCGCCUUUGCCUCCUCCUCGCCGCCGGUGCUGGACGAAUUCACGGCGCCGGCCGAGAAAAGCGGCUUCCUGGAGCGGAGCCGCGGCCGCGUCGAGCGCCUCUUUCGGGUGCGCCUGGCCGUCCUGGGGGCGCUCAACAGCGGCGGCGGCGGCUGGGCCCCCCUGGAGGCCGGCUCCCCCCAGCCCGCCGGGCGCAGGAUCUGGCUCAGCCUCCUUGGGGAGCCCCAGGGCGUGCGCAGCGCCAAGGAGUAUAUUAAAGGACUCUGUGAACCUGAAUUAGAAGAGAGGGAACAUUAUCCCAAAGACAUGCACUGCAUAUUUGUAGGUGCUCAGGGACUCUUCUUGAACUGCCUCAUCCAAGGGACCUCUGCUGACAUCACUGUUGUGGAAAUGGGGGUGCUGAAUAUCAAGGGUGGUGCUGAGCCCGUCGUCAUGGCCAGAAGCCACAUCCAGCAGUUCAUUAGCCUUUUCAAAAACAACACAAACCUGCUAAAUGGCAGGGAGUCGAAAGUGAAGAAGCAGUUCAAGUAUCUUGUUGAGGCCCAUGCGGAUAAGUACACGAUGGACUUGUUGAUCUUGCCCAGCUCCCUGAAGAGCGAACUGCUCAGCCUUGCGCUGAACGAGAGCUGCAGAGCAGAGGACGUUAUAGAUCUGACCACCUGUGAUGAGAUGCCGGAACUUCUUCCACAUGAAAUACAGAAGCGAUUUGCCAUCAACAGUGACUGUAAAGCAGGCCAGGAGGAAGCCAGGAACAACGCAGGUACCCCGGUCUCGGAGUUAACCAAGCAAAUGGACACGGUCUUCCCCGAUACCCCAGAAAGGCAUUUUGUACCUAUAAACGGUCUGAGUUCACUGGAGAUGCCUGCAUUUAAAGAGAGGCAGUCAUGUAAAAGGAGAUCAUCGGAUGCGGAGGAGAGGCUCCCCAAGAAACAGUUUUCUUUGGAAAACAAUCAGGAGAGCAGACGGACAAGUUGUAAUGCACCUGGCGUUGCGGCGUUGACCAAUCUGGUCGCGGAUUCGGGUGGCAGGUCAGACGAGCCAAGCUCGUGCACUAAAGAAAGCGAGGAGAUCAGCGAGGAGAUGGAAUACAAGAUUUUGGUGAACUUCUUCAAAAGCAUGGGCUACUCGCAACACAUUGUAGAGAAGGUGAUUGGAGGCCUGGGGCAGUCAGUUGAGCCCUUACUGCUUCUGGAAGAAAUUGAAAGAGAAAGUAAGAAGGGCCUCAGAGAGGAAGGCCAGAUUGUCGGAACCCAGGCAGUGAAAGAUAAAGGCAGCUCCAGCAACAAAGGUCCCCAUGGCCUGGAUCAUAAACUGGAGUCACCGAAGAACACAAAACAAAAUGUAGCUUUUCUUCCACAAACGCAGCGUAAGGUGGAAGAAAAGUCAAACAUGUCGAACAGUCAAAACACAACUGCUUGUGGCAAGAAUUUGCCGCAUAAAGACUGCAGCAAAGUCCGCUCAAGUUAUUUUUCAGAGCAGUGCUGUAAUUCCCAGACAAGUGAUGUUGAAAGUGAUGGUCGCUUGCAUGCAUGUGACACUGCACAGGGGGCAGCUCAAGACAGGAAACCCAAAGAUCCCAGGUUGGUAGCAAGAGGGGGCUUGGAGGCUCCAUGGCCACAGAUCCCGAAAGAAACCGUGGCUCUUCAAACGUGUGCCGAGCAGGCCACAAAGCACGGCCCACAGGGACGCGGCAACCCCUUGCAGUUCGGAGCUAGGCAAGCUCCUCCUCACCAACCUGAUCUCUCUGAACACCAGCUCCCGGACCCCAUCCUCCCCCCACAACUUAAUGGCCCUUAUCCAGAAAGGAGACCCGGGGGGUUGUACAACCGUCAAGCUGAUCCUUCUGUCACUGGGGUGCAGAGGUUUCUGGAGUCUUUGAAAAUGCCAUACAAGCUGGAAUUGAAGAAUGAGCCGGGGAGAGCACACCUGAAGUACAUUGUCAUAGACGGCAGCAACGUUGCAAUUUCUCAUGGUCUAAAUAAGUUUUUCUCAUGUCGGGGAAUUGCAAUAGCUGUGGAUUACUUCUGGAAACGGGGCCACCGAAAAAUCACUGUGUUUGUCCCACAGUGGCGAACGAGGCGAGAUUCUUCCAUCACAGAGCAACACUUCUUAACGCAGCUCCAAGAUAUUGGUAUUUUGGCCCUCACCCCUGCGAGGAUCGUGUUAGGAGCCCGGAUUGCAUCUCACGAUGACAGGUUUUUGCUGCAUCUGGCCGAGAAAACUGGAGGAGUUAUUGUUACUAAUGAUAAUCUCAGAGAGUUUGUAGAUGAAUCAACAUCCUGGAGGGAAAUUAUUCAGAGGAGGCUGCUCCCAUACACUUUUGUUGGAGACCUGUUCAUGGUUCCUGACGAUCCGAUGGGCCGAAUCGGACCAAGGUUAGAACAUUUUCUCCAAGAGGAAAUCCGUUCCAGGGGUAUUCCAUCACAUGUUGACCUUGCAAGAGGAGGGCUUCUUCCUUUUGGGACUUCGCACUUCCAUGUGAAACCUGAUAGCGGCGGACAGUCUGCAAAGGACACACCACCUGGACUUCUGCCUGCCCCAUCCCCUUUUCCGCCAGCACCCACAACUAACUCGGCCCACCCGCGAUCUCCUGCCGAAACCACCCGCUUAAGAGAUGCCUUGAAAAGAAUAUUCCCGACCUCUGAGCAGAGGGAGAAGAUUGAGGAGAUCCUUGCCCAGCAUCCUCACAUGAGGGACAUGAAUGCGUUGUCUGCCAUGGUCCUUGAUCUAGGCUGAGGGGCGGAACGGGAGCCCCUUGUUUUGCAGUUGGGGCUGUUAAUGUAGCGAUGCCCAUGAGCUGAUGUCAGGCCCUCUGUGACUAGACAAAGCUUAAUCCUUUUUGUAUAUAAAAAAAUUGUGAAUAUGCAAAGGAUUUGCAGAAAGCAGCUUUUUAAAAAAAAUUCACUUAAGUUAUGUUGCCUUUUCAGGGCUGUAUUGCUGCGUUCUUUUGAAAGAAAGCAAAUCUUUAUUUCUGACUGGCUUUGCACUGUUUCUGAAUGAAGUUGCAAGUUAUAUUUGGGCAAGAACUAGACCCAAGUUCAAUUUAAGGUGAAUUCACAUUUUAUUGUUUUAACUGAAAAUUACACAAACUUGCCUUGGGUUCUAACCAUUGAGUCAAAUUUGCCUGAUAACAGGAGAGAGUGAUCCACGCUUAUGCAUUGAUAAGUAAAUCACAGCAGUGGUCAGUACAUGAAGUCACCAUCUUAGCCCUAAAGACCUACCUGGCUAUUGCCUGCAAGCCCCUAUUGCUAUUGGCUGAACUUCUCUGAUGUCACCAUGUCCAAACAUGGGUCAAAGCAGGAAAUUAUAGUGUCAGAGUGUUGUCAGUUCAAUGCCAGAUACUGCUAGGAUGAACUUGGAAGUGUGGAAGGGCAAGAGAAGGAACUGCUGCCAAGGAGAGGUGGGGGAUCCUGAAUUCCAUGCCGAUUAAAAACAGGGAUGUGCACAAAGCAUUUCGGUGGGGCGGGGAGCAGAACCUGUAAGGAUGAGUAAACCUGCCCCCCACCCCCAUGCCGCUUUUCCUGCUGCGGCGCGGCAGUGCUCAGAAGUCUGUGUGUGCUGUGCGUGGCGCCGGUACGCACAUGGCCGUUGUGCAUGGUCAACAGCGUGUGUCUUGGCACCGCGCCCAGGCUGCUGGGUCAGCACAGCAGCUGCGCACGGACUUGGGAGCGGCUCAGUGCCACAGCCGGGGAAGCGGUGAAGGAGCAGGUAAGGACCUGCUUUACUCAUCCUUAAAGGUGUCCCCCCCACCCCCUUGGCCCCGCUGAAACGAUUCGACAGGCUGCACCGAAGCAAUUCGGCGCAUCCCUAUUGAACAUGCCAAAUUGUCUCAUGCACAUCCGUGAUUACAAGUGAUGAGCUGCAUUUUGUCCAUCCACUGUGCAAAAGUGUGCAAACCCAGGACUGUUGACUCUUGUCCAGAAAGUUAAUGAGGCCAGUGUGCAGAAAGUUAAUGAGGCCAGUGUGCACUGGUGCAUUGGUUUAAUCUGCCUUUUCGCACCUCUCCUUUUCAGGAGGGUCAAUGCCCCAACUGAGGCCCCUAGAGGGUGAUGAUAUAGAACACGUUAGAAUACUCUAGCCUCUGGGAGGCUAAUGUUGAAGAUAUCUUUUGUUCUGAAUUUGUGUGCUAUAGCUUUUAUUGUUGUUGUUUCUCAGUUCUAAGCACAGUUAAAGGAAACGUGUCUUCCCUAUGUUUAUAUUGAAUUUAAAAAAUGGCUCUCUAAAACACCACCGUACUAAAAAAAUAAAGCAGUUGUAUAGUGCAGGUACCUCCUGGAAGGUG